UCGCACGCCCCACCAUGCUCCAACGCACUCCAAAAACUCAUCUGCUCCAAUCGCCACCCUUUAUCCGUGAUCCAAGUGUCUCUGGUGUAUAUUGGAGUAUGCGACGCGAACAAACCUAAAGAUAGAACGACGCGGUGUGCAUCCGAGUAAAGUUUUCGAACGCGACUACUUUCGAUAUACUACAAAAUGGAGGAUCCUCUUUCAAGAGCUCUAUAUAAGUAGGAGGCUAUUAUUCAUUCCCAUCAAUUGUCGUUGAUCACCGUUGGUGCGCGUAGUUAAGUGCAAUUAGAGUGUUUAUCGGCAAUGUGAUUGAAUAUUUUUGUAGAGAGACUUUUGAGGCAUUUAUUCGCAACGUGAUAACUUCGUGGAGAGAACUUUCGGAGCACUUAUCGACAUGUAAUUAAUCCAUCUGAUUGAACCGAAUUGAAGAGGAAUAUCUGCUGACAUAAAACAUAUGAUAUUUUCGUAAAGGCAAAUUUGCGAUUUCUUUUGCUUACUGUUGUUUUAUCGUUGCCGAUAAAAUGGAUUUCGGCACUCUGAUCUCCGUCGCACAAAAGAACGAAACGAAGAAACAGACCGUUCCAUGUUAUCAAACAAAAUUUGAACCACCAAAGAAACAGUCUAAACAAUCUAAAACCCUUUCCAAUAAUAUUAAGAAAUUUCUAGCUCGGAAGGAAGAGGAAGAGAGACAGAAAGCCCUGGAAGAAAGAAGGAAAAAGGAAAAUCUUUUAGCUUUACGAGAUCAGAAGACUCAGAAUCGAAUAAAUAAACAUUUGAAAGUGUGUAAAGCGGCGAACAAGUCAGUGAUUGAGGAUGCCAUUGACAAUGAAAAUACGGCUAUUACCAUCGCAGGCCCAUCUCAACCUGAUGAAGACGAUUAUGGAUAUGAAUCCCAAGCAGCUUCUGCAUUGUAUAAUCAGUUUAUGAGCAAAUAUAACAGUUUACCUCCAGAAAAGCCCAUUUUUAGUACUAGCGAAGCAAGAACGGCAAAAGAUAUUGCAUCUACAAAGGAUAGAGUAAAACAAGCUUUGAAACAACAAGAACUCGAAGAAAGUAGCGGACAUAGAAGAAGGAGAAAAUCGUCCGUUUUGAAUGUAAAAGAAACUGAAGUUGAUGAAAAAGCAGAGAAGAACAGCAAAGAAGUUAAAGACAAGGUUAAAGAAGACAAGGAUGAAAAACCCAAGGUAAAAAGAAAAUCACUGCCACCGCCUAUGGGUUUUGCUGAACUUUUGAAACUCGCCGAAGUAAAGCAACAUGAACCCGUAGUUAUAGAAGUUAAACCAAAGAUUGAAAAUGAACGACCGAUGACGAAGCGUGAAAAAAUGGAAUAUAUACAGGAAAAAGAAAGGAAGGAGCAACGUGAGAAGAAAAAUUUAGAAGUUAAAAAAACAAGCAUUACAAGUACACCCAACAAACUUGAUAAAAUGCAAUUGAACAAAGUUCCCAAGGCUAGUGAUAAAUCUGUAAUUUUAAAUUCAACGUUGAAUAAAAGUACUUUCAAAUUUACAACCAUUUCUAAACAAGUUACUAAUAAAUCUGACGAUAAACAUAAUAUCGAAAAAUCAAAUUCAAACAAAAACUCACCCAAGAAUGAAUUAUUAGAAGAACGGAAGAAAUUGGAAGCUGAGAGAAAACAACUGGAAGAAAUGCGACGCGCUAUCGAGGAAGAAAAGAAGAAGUUAGCGCAAAGUAAAAAUAAAUUGGAGGACAUUAAAUCUCAGCCCUCUAAUAAAUUAAAUUUGACUAAACCCAAAUCUAUAAAUAAGCAAAUAUCAUCCAAGGAUAUUAAGCCGCGACAAUUUCCACCUUCGGAUUUAAAGUUGCAAUCUUCAUUAGCUAAUAGUAAACCAAAACAAUCUCCACCACCUGAUAUUAAGCUUUUGAAAUCAAAAACAGUCGUUAGAAAAGCAUCCAAUAAAAGAUGCAUCUAUGAUGAUGAGGAAGAUGAUUCAGAUUUGGCCGAUUUCAUAGAUGAUGGACCAGAAGAUAACAACGAGUACAAUUACAGUAAGCAUAUUAGUGAGAUAUUUCAUUAUGAUAAGACAAGAUAUAAAAAUAUUGAUGAUGAAGAUGACACUGCUAUGGAAAGUAAUUAUGCGCAACAACUGAAAGAAGAAUUAAUAUCUUCAAAAAUGGGAUAUAUCGAAGAUUUAGAAGAUAUGCGUAUGGAAGCGUUAGAGAAAAAGAGAAAAGCUAAUUUAAGGAAGAAGUUCAAGAAAUAGUAUAAUUAUUUCAGCUUUGCACAUAUUUAUAUGUAUCUCAUUUUUUUUUAGGAUAAUUAAUAUUUAUUAGGAUUAUAAAAUAAGUCGCAAGAAUGUGUAUAAAAGCAUUUACUUUAUUUGCAUUGAUAUAAAAACAAUUUUUACAUUUUUUUGCCAUCUAAAUUGUAAAAAAUUACGUUUAACGUAUCAUUUUGUGCUGAGAAAGAUUAUUGUAUGCUAUAUAUUGACAUU